CUGUAAAGCUACAGGAGUCCUUGGGUCGACCUAGAAGGCCUCUCCUAGAGCUGGAAAGCCGACCGUUGACUCCCUCACCACCUCUUCGUGGUGGCCGCUGACAGCCCCCCACCACGCCUCACCCCGUGAUUCGAGUCCUUUAAAGUUUUAAGCCAAUCCACCCGUGACCAAGCUUCUAAUUCUGAUCUUCUUCCUGUUUCUCGGUUGAAUGCCAAUCUUCUCUUUUGCUCCUCUCUUGAAUUCAUAAAAAUGUCUCUCGCUCCUUGGGUAGUCUUCCUGAUCAGUUGAAUUCUUCCUAGAAUUUCUAAUCUGUGAUCGUUAUUGUGCUUCUUGUCAUGAUCUCCUUGUUCGAAUUAAGGCUAUCUAAAGUCCGGCUAUCUCUGUCUAUCCAUUGCCUUCUAGAUGGUGAUGUUUAAAUUCUUUUAGAUGGUGCUCUGAUGUCCCUGUUCCUGAAAUCCUAAUCUUGGACUAGAACCGCUUCCUGUCCCCAUCUCCUGAUAUUUUUCUGCUAUAUGAACUUCUUCGGUAGUCGGUCUUUAAUCUCUAGCAUAGCAAUUCCAUUCCUCCAAGCAUAAAGUUAUCCUAUUACCCUCCUGUUCCAUCUCAUGGAUAAGUGCGUUCUGCACAGAGAAGUAAGAAUGAACUCGAGCUUGCGGUUUUUCCAGUUGUUUGCAACCUUUGGUUGCUUUCUCGCCCUCGGCUUGCCACUGGAUGAUCGAGGGGCUCGACUGCUUAUGGAAUUCAAGCAAGAACUCAUCGACGCAGAUAAUAACCUCUGGAACUGGAACUCGUCGGAUUCGAGCCCUUGCCACUGGAACGGCAUUGGCUGCUUUAAAUUUGAGGUAACCUCUAUCGUUCUCCAUGACUUUAAGCUCCAAGGUAGCUUAUCUGCCAGCAUUUGCCGUCUCCGUUUCCUCACCGUUUUUAAUGUCUCCAAGAACAUGAUCUCUGGUCCCAUCCCCAGAGAAUUGGCCUUCUGUGGGAAUCUAAAGAUUCUUGAUCUCAGCACCAAUCAAUUCCAUGGAGAGAUCCCCCCAGAGCUCUGCGGGCUGUCUUCGCUCAGGAAACUCUUCCUGAGCGAGAAUUAUCUGCAUGGCGAGAUCCCGUCGGGUAUUGGUAACUUGACGUGGCUGCAAGAGCUCGUCAUUUACAGCAACAACCUCACCGGCAAGAUUCCCCCGUCGAUUAGGAUGUUGAGGAAUCUUGGGAUCAUUCGAGCCGGUCUGAAUAACUUGUCAGGUCCGGUGCCGGUGGAAAUGAGCGAGUGUGAUAGCCUCGAGAUUCUUGGGCUGGCUCAGAAUAGUUUGGAAGGAUCUCUUCCUAGAGAGCUUGGGAGGCUGAAGAAUUUGACCACCCUGAUUCUUUGGCAAAACCUGCUAUCCGGCGAGAUUCCACCGGAGCUCGGCAACUGCACUAGUUUGGAGAUGAUUGCCUUGAAUGACAAUGCUUUCACCGGAGGCGUUCCCAAAGAAUUUGGAAGGUUGUCGAUGCUGAAAAGGUUGUAUCUUUACACCAACCAAUUAGAUGGAACAAUUCCUAGGGAGCUCGGAAAUUGUGAGAGCGCGUUCGAGAUCGAUCUUUCUGAGAACCGCUUGACCGGAGUUAUUCCCAGAGAGCUUGGCCGAAUUCAGACUCUUCGGUUGCUUCAUCUUUUUGAGAACCUCCUGCAGGGUAGCAUCCCCAGCGAGCUUGGCCAGUUGAGUCUUCUGAGGAGGAUAGAUUUGUCGAUCAAUAAUCUUACAGGCACAAUUCCUCUAGCCUUCCAAAACCUUUCCUCCUUGGAGUACUUCCAACUCUUCGACAACAAUCUCGAGGGAUUUAUUCCUCCUCUGCUGGGAUUCAACAGUAACCUCUCUGUUCUUGAUCUUUCAGACAACAAUCUCACUGGUAGCAUUCCUGCUCAUCUUUGCAAAUACCAGAAGUUGAUCUUUUUGAGCCUUGGCUCGAAUGCGCUGCUUGGAAACAUCCCUCAUGGCGUGAAAACUUGCAAGUCCCUCGUACAGCUAAGGUUGGGGGAAAAUCUUCUAACAGGAAGUCUCCCUGUCGAAUUGUCUGCGCUUCGAAAUCUAUCUUCUCUGGACAUGAGCCAAAACCGAUUCUCUGGACCCAUACCUCCAGAAAUAGGCAAGCUCAGAAACCUUGAGAGGCUCCUCCUUUCAGAUAACUAUUUUCUUGGCCGCAUCCCUCCUGAAAUUGGAGAACUAGCUGAGCUUGUGAGCUUCAACAUCUCCUCAAACCAGCUUUCUGGAUCUCUACCUCGCGAGUUAGCAAAAUGUACGAAGCUGCAGAGGCUUGAUCUCGGCAGAAAUCAGUUCACGGGAUUUGUUCCGGAAGAUCUUGGUAGUUUGGUGAAUUUGGAACAGUUGAAGCUGUCUGAUAGCCGUCUCAAUGGCACCAUCCCGAGCAGCCUUGGGCGCCUUCGUCGGCUUACUGAGCUGCAGAUGGGAGGGAAUCAUCUCUCUGGUAAUAUACCAACUGAACUGGGGCAGCUUACAACCCUGCAAAUUGCUCUCAAUAUCAGCUACAAUGCGCUUUCCGGGGAGAUACCAUCUGAGCUUGGGGACUUGCAGAUGUUGGAAAACCUGUACUUGAACAACAAUGAGCUUGAUGGUGAAGUGCCAGCAUCAUUCGGCGGCCUCUCCAGCCUCCUAGUUUGCAAUCUCUCAUAUAAUAACCUUGUUGGAUCAUUGCCCAACACUCCUUUAUUCAGAAGAAUGGAUGAUAGCAACUUUCUAGGAAAUGAUGGGUUGUGUGGAAUGAGUACAGCAGCUUGCCAGCCUACACCAUUGCCAUCCGACGCGGCAGAAUCAGGUUCGGCAACGAAGAAAGCCUCCAAGGAGAAAAUAGUUAGCAUUUUUGCUGUAAUUGUGGGAUCAGUUUCCUUGUUCUUGACAGUGGGGAUUUGUUGGUCUCUAAAGCGUCGCAUACCUGAUCUUGUUUCAUGUGAAGAUCAUAAACAUGGCAUGUCUGGUCUCGAUUAUUUUCCCAUGGAGGGUAUCACAUAUCAAGAAAUUCUUAAAGCCACGGAUGAUUUCUCAGAGUGCAAUGUUAUAGGAAGGGGUGCCUGUGGAACGGUAUACAAGACCGUCAUGCCCGAUGGGUCUGUAAUUGCUGUUAAGAAGCUGAAAUCCCAAGGAGAGUGUUCUAGUGUUGACAGUAGUUUCCGUGCUGAGAUCUCCACCCUUGGAAAUGUUCGUCACCGCAACAUCGUCAAGUUCUAUGGCUUUUGCUACCAUCAAGAAUCUAACCUUAUAUUGUAUGAAUAUAUGGCAAAUGGUAGUCUUGGGGAACUGCUUCAUGGUAACAGUAACAGGGACACAUCUCUGCUUGAUUGGGAUACUCGGUAUAGGAUUGCUCUUGGAGCCGCAGAAGGCUUGCGCUAUCUUCACUGCGACUGUAAACCUCAAAUCAUACACCGUGAUAUAAAAUCAAACAAUAUUCUGUUGGAUGAAACAAUGGAAGCUCAUGUAGGAGACUUUGGCUUGGCGAAAUUAAUUGAUAUUUCACACUCCAAAACCAUGUCUGCAGUUGCUGGUUCUUAUGGCUAUAUCGCCCCAGAGUAUGCGUUCACGAUGAAAGUUACAGAGAAAUGUGACAUCUAUAGUUUUGGAGUUGUUCUACUGGAAUUGAUCACUGGACAACCUCCAAUUCAGCCUCUGGAGCAAGGAGGGGAUCUGGUAAAUUGGGUGAGAAGGUCGAUGCAGAACUUGACGCCAUCAUCUGGGAUCUUUGACUGCAGGCUGGAUUUGAGUGCAAAGAGCACAAUUGAAGAGAUGUCUUUGGUUUUAAAAAUUGCUCUAUUUUGCACCAGCGAAUCACCAUUUGACAGACCGACAAUGAAAGAAGUCAUAGCAAUGUUGAUUGACGCCAGGGAUUCCUCAUCUAUUUCUUCUCCAUCUCCAUCAUCAGAGACACCAUUAGAAGAAGAUGCUUCCUUCAGAGGACAGAUCGGACGUUGAGCUUAUGCAGCAGAACAUUGAACAAAGCUGUUCCUCCAUCUCUACCGAUCUAGUAAGUUUUUCUCCUAGGUUAAGUUUGCAAUAAAGUGUUGUGCUAUUCAAAUUGUAAUUUUAUGAGAGGGUUACUUCAUAUUAUGUACAAAGAUGGUUGGGGGAGGAGUUCUCAAAAAAAUUGCAACUAACCUAAAAGUACAUGUGGUCAUGGACCCAGCAUGCAAAGGAGAAAGCUGGCACCUGUUUGUGGGAAUAAUUCUAUCACACUUGUCAUUAAAUCUAGAACAUUUUUACAAUAUAAACCCCCUCAGUGAAAUCUUCAGUUUGUUUAA